GAGGAGGAGGAGGAGGAGGAGGAAAGUUGUGCUCGUGUGAAUGCGCGAGUUCCGGGGAGGGAAGGAGAGAGACAAGGGACUGAGGUGGCGAAGCAGUCCGCGGAGGCAAAGAGGCGAGUGUGAGGGAAGCGGAGUUUUAUUUAUUUACUGUAUUUGCACUGCUGAGAGGACGAGGCGGGUGGCAACCUGAGCCACCUUAGCGGCUUAUCCCCCAUUGACUGGCUGCGUAUUAGCCGGGGGUUUGAAGCCAGAAAGGUACUGCCCGCGAAGGGAGGCCUGCAGCGCCCGGGGCAAGCGGGAGGCGAUGCUGGGAGAGAGCCCGGCCGUUUCCUCAGGCUCCGGGGGCGGCGGCGGGGCCUUCUGUCACGUGACGCCCAGGCCGCCCCUGAGGAGAACCGCCUCUCAAGAUGGCGGCGGCGGCGGCAGCAUCAUUGCCUCAACUCCGCUCAGCAGCUCCACUCCUUAUUCCCGCCCGUCCGGGAGGAAGCCGCCGCCGCGGCGGGGAGUGACUUUCUCCGAGGAGGUGCUGGAGCACCCGGCGACGCCGGCGAGGAGGCAGCGGAGGAGGAUGAGGAUGAGGGGAGCGGAGGACGACGACGACGAGCAGGAGCAGGAGGACGACGAAGGGGAGCCGAGCGAGGAAGCGACCCUCGCCGCGCCCUACAGCCUGCGCUCGGCCCAGAGGCGCUACCCGCCAACGCCGUUCAGGAGGCCCGAGAGGGCGGAGGACCGGCAGGCCCCGCGAGAAGCCUCGGCCGCCUCCUCGGAAGGGAGUAAAAACAUCUUGGGAAUUGCAGAUGACUCUGAGCUUGCUCGACCAGCUCUUAGAAGAAGUCCAAGGACAGGGCUUCCUUAUGACCAAGCCAGAGACUCUACAAGAAAUAAAUCAGAACAUGAAGCAAAUGAAGUGGAGAUUGAAAACAGAUCUGAAAUCUGGCAUGAUAAUUUUCAGUCACCUAGCAGAUUCAUAGAAGAUGCACAUGAUUUUGUUCAGAAACCACAAGGGCUUAAUCAGAAGACAAAGUUAAGAGCGAGAACGCAAGCCCAUGUGCCAAAGAAAGAACCACAUGUUGCUCCCAAAAGUUCUAAACAGUCUAAUCGGGGACACGCAUUUGCAUGGAUUCUGCCACUUAUAGUAGUAGUAGUAGUUUGCCUUGCUGGUGGUGGAUGGUAUAUGCUUCAGAAUUCAUCGUACUAUAGUUUGGAAAAUAACCAAGUCCUGCGAACUAAAGCCCUGAAAGCAUUUCAGAAAGAAAUGAGAGAUCUCAUGAGCAGCUACCCAAGUCAAGAUGAAAAGUUGUGGAAGGGAAUCCAAGUCAUCUUGGAGAAACGCCUCAACUCUUCUCGACCGUAUUUGAAACCAGCUAUUUUAUUGUUCACUGCUGCAAAAGAAGCUGAAGAUGCCCUGAAAUGUUUAAGCAACCAGCUUGCUGAUGCUUUCUCAUCCUCGCAGCACGCUUCUACAAUAAAAAUUGAUGGGGCCAGCAAAGCCACUCUAGACAGUGAUUAUGUCAAACUCCUUGUGGACGAAGAGUUGAGUUCUGGGUUCAAGGGAGGCAGGAAGGUGGCAGUAGUGCAUCGAUUUGAGUCGCUGCCUGCUGGUUCCACCCUGAUAUUUUACAAGUACUGUGACCAUGAGAACGCAGCAUUUAAGGAUGUUGCUCUACUUUUAACUGUUCUUCUGGAUGAGGAAACUCUAAGAAAGGACCUUAGCCCACUGCAAGUUGAGGAGAAAGUGAGGGACUUCCUCUGGGAUAAAUUUACCAACUCAGACAUGCCAGGUUCCUAUAAGCACAUGGACACAGACAAACUGAGUGGGCUGUGGAGCCGCAUAUCCCACCUGGUCUUACCUGUAUGGCCUGAAAAUGUCCUUCCUCAGGAAAACUGUUUGCAGGUGAAAUAAUAUUUUUGUAAGAGAGAAUGAAAACAAUACAGCAUGUACAUCUAUUAAUGGCUGGAUAGGGUGUGUAUUUCCAGCUUGGUAAUCAGAACUGACUCUUAGGUGUGUGCUUCGAAAUUUUAAAUCUGAUUUAUUACUUUCCAAAGAAGCUGGAAAUUCACAUAUUAAGAACUUGUAGAGCAUAACAUAGUUCUGUUUAUGUGACACUCCUGUAAUUCUUAGAAUUCAGAACCUUGCAUCUCAAAAGAAUAUUGAUUACUUAACAAUUUGAAGUCCUUUCAGAGAAUACUGCAAACAAGAGCAACAAGUUAAGGAAUAGUAAUAAGCACAUGGUUCUGUGUUCUUUGUACUUGAAAUGUAUUAGAAUAAAAUGCAAACUCAUAGCUGUCACUAA